AUGGCAGACCCAGGCUUGUCCAAAAAACUGCAACAGGUGCGGGAGAAGCUGGCAGAGAUCAUUGACAGGGCCGAAUGGUUGCUAGAUCCCAAGAGUGUAGAGGCACAAGGUGCUGCAGAGGGCGCCCGCGCUUUCGUGAGACUUUUCUUCGGUGCGGGCCAGGAGUUGAGAAAUCCAGAGGACAACAAAGUGCCACAAUUGGUGGUGCAAGGCUUCGAUGGAGAGCAGAUUUGGGAGCAGUUGGAGGUGGCCAUGGGCUGA